CAGGCGGCGCUGCUAUCCGGUCCUCCAGGGCGCGUCAAGGUGGCAAAGGUCACGGAGGAGCCCCUGCCGCUAUCCAGCAUCAUGGUUGCCAUGGAGACAGUGUCAAAGGUCAUCAAAUCCUGGCUUGUUGAGUACAAGUCUGUGGUAAGCCUGCAGGAUGGGGAGUACAUCUCCAAACUGCACAACAACAAGGAGCUGACAGCAGCCCUGUACAAGGUGCUGCACCAGGAGAGUGAGCUGUUGAACGAAGUGUGCCCUCAACUGUUCGACUAUUUCCGAAGCGGACACAAAGGGCUGUACCAGUUCACUCUACAGUUCACACCUGCACUCAUCGGUCACUACCUACUCAGUCUGGCCCGCAAGGAAAGGAUGAUGAGUGGAAGAGUGGAGGCCCUACUUCUGGGAAUGUACAACUUGGAGGCUGUAGACUCUGGAGGACAGCCCACCAGUAAAGUCUUCACUGUCCCAACCAUGGCCAAACCUUCCCUUUACCAUGAGCCUGUAAACCUGGCGUCUGUGGCGCUCACAGAGACGGCCUUGUCCAGACAUGAACAACAGGAGGUCCGGGCUACACUGUCUGCACCUCACCCUUACUUAGAAGCUGUUACUGCACACAACAGGCUGAGUAUGCUGACCUAUGUGCUGAGCAGAUAUAACGCAGAUAUCAUAAACAUGCCUUCUGACUCUAAACUUUCACUCUGUCAAGUGGCAUCAAGACUCAGUACCAUACGAGGCAGCCACACUUCCAGUAGUGAGGACGGACCUGAGCCCAGAGUGCCACUGUCUUCUGCCUUCUUGGUAGAGGUUCUGGCUGGUCUGUACCAGACACUGUACACAGGCCACUCUGAGGCAGCGCGACAGGCGGUAGAAGAUGUGCACCAAAGGGCCAGAUAUGAACUCUUCCCUGAGGCUCUUAUGAUGAGUAAUGCGAUAUUGGCGUCGAUGAAGAGAGAGACUCCCUGUCCGGACACCCCGUUAGUCACGACCAUCGUCGGCCCGCCGUCGUCCCCCCAGCUCCCGCGUACGAGCUCGCCAGCACGAGUCACGUCAGGAAACCUUCGCAAGUACAGCAUUCGCCGUAAACCUAUAGAAGAUGUUCUAGACGAUAAACUGCAGACAAAUGUAAUGGUAGAUGGACGUGUAAGCAGUACCACCAACACACCAAGUCCUGGCAAAAAGGGGAAAUCCGACAAGGGACCCAUAGAAAGGAAAGGCAGCGACAAAACGAACGACAAGAAAGCAGACGAUUCCACAAAAGGAUCAAAGAAGGACAAAGAUGGGAAAGGAGAAAAAGACUCUGAGUCGUCAUCACAGAGAGUUGUUUUUAAAGACAUUCUGAAGAGAGCUGAAAGUAAAGUACAAGCAAUGACAUCUUCUAAGGAAGAGAAGAAGGUGGAAGAGGUCAAGGGUGAGGCAGAAGGAGUUGAGAGUGAUAGAGGAAAUGAGAAGGUUGGAGAGGAGAAAGGUGCAAUGGAAAUGGAGAUUAUGAGUGUUACGUCUGUAGAGGAGCAAGAAGCAGCAUCGACUGCUGCUGAACAACUCCAGAAAGCCAACCAGGGCAAGCCAGCCAUCAAACCAGCCAGCCAUUCCAGACAGCUGGUCACCUCCCCCAGCAAGACCCCACCACACUCCCCACACCUCUUCGCACAGAUCAACGAGUUCAUCGACUCUGAGGAUGUCAGUAAUUAAGGACUAUGUAAACAAAAGCAGUAUAUAUACAGUCAAACCUGUUCAUAGUGAACACUUAAUUUUUAAAAAUGGUAAAAAAAGUUCUGCUGCAGUAUCAAGGUC